AUGACCAACGGACUCCCUUCCAAACGUCUCGCCGAGGAUCCCGAUUUGAGUCUGAGCAAUCCAUUCAUGGGUGACAAUGAAAACGUCAAUGAGAAGUAUCCGAUUCCAGAAUCGGCUGUUGGAAUAGUAAUUGGAAGAGGAGGCUCUGAAAUUCAAGGAAUUCAGGCUAAGGCUGGAUGCCGCGUUCAGAUGUCUUCCGACUCGGAUAACUCCGGUGUCCGCCAGGUCACUCUCGAAGGAACCCGUGCCAACGUUGAGGCAGCAAAAGUGCUCAUUAAUGAAGUUGUUGCUCGUUCGCAGACACCACGGCCACAAUAUGGAUUUCCGAGAGCGCAAAACACUAUCGACAUCGCAAUUCCACCAAAUCGGUGUGGAUUAAUUAUCGGAAAAGCGGGAGAGACUAUCCGACAGCUUCAGGAGAAGAGCGGAUGCAAGAUGGUUCUCGUUCAGGAUAGUCAAACUGUUGGUGAUCAAGCCAAACCGCUAAGAAUUACUGGAGAUCCGCAAAAGAUUGAAAUUGCAAAGCAACUGGUUGCUGAGAUUCUGAACAGCGGCCCAGAUGGAAGCGGAGGAGGUGGUCACCAGGUGCAACAUAUUGGUAGUGGUGGAGCAUCUGCUCGUGGAGAAGUCGUUGUUCCGAGGUCAUCAGUUGGAAUUAUCAUUGGAAAACAAGGAGAUACGAUCAAACGUCUUGCAAUGGAGACUGGAACUAAAAUUCAGUUCAAGCCAGAUGAAGACCCAAAUGCUCCAGAAAGAUGCGCCAUCAUUAUGGGAACUCGCGAUCAAAUCUAUCGUGCAACUGAACGUAUAACCGAGUUGGUUAGAAAGAGCGCCCAACAACAAGGUGGAAGCAUGACUGGAUCGGCUGGAGCAGAAUCAUCGACUUUCUUCAUGUCCGUUCCGGCUGCCAAAUGUGGUCUUGUCAUUGGAAAAGGAGGAGAAACAAUCAAACAGAUCAAUUCGGAAAGUGGUGCUCAUUGUGAGCUGUCCCGUGAUGCAACUGGAAAUGUAGAAGAGAAAGUGUUUGUGAUCAAAGGAGGAAAGCGGCAGAUUGAACAUGCCAAGCACUUGAUCCGUAUCAAAGUCGGCGAUAUUGCUCCAAACACUCCAUUCCGCGAUGACUCUGCAAUGUCGAUUCAGCCACAGUUUGCAGCUCCAGCUCAAGGAGGCUUCGGAGCACAACAAUGGAAUCCAGCUGCCGCAACACAAAUCCCAGGAGCCACUCAGAACCCGUACCAAGUUGCUGGAGGAUGGCAACAAAACAAUGUAUACGCCCAACAGCAAGCAGCCGCGGUUGCUGCGGCCGCUGCACCAUAUGCUGCUGCUGGAAUUGUUCAGGCCCAGCCUCAAGUGGCAGCCUAUCAGCAACCACAGGUGGUUCAACAGCAACAACCCCAGGCUGCCGCUGGCACCCCAGUCGUAGACCCUGUAACCGGAGAACAAGAUUACUCCGCUCAAUGGAUGGAGUAUUAUAAGUCCAUCGGAGCUCUUGACAAAGCCGAAGCAGUAGAAGCUCAAAUGAAGAAGAAGAAGGCUGAAGCCGCGGCCCGCGCUGCUGCUGGAUCAGCUGCACUUGUUCAGCAGAUGCCAAUGGGUAUGCCAAUGCAACAAGUGGCUGGUCAGCCACGUGCCGCUCAAGCUUAUCCGGCUUACUCGGCUGCAGGAACUGUUGCCUAUCAACCACAACAAUAUGGACAGUUUCAAUAA